AUGGAGCACCCAUCUGCUGAGGGCCAGCAGCUCCAGCACACCAACACCACGCGCGAGCACCGCAGGCUGACCAAGAGGGGCCCGCCGCCCGUCUCCUACAAUCCCAAUCCCGCCGCCCGCUCCCUGCGCAGAGCCCCCUCGGCUCCCACCUACCCUCACACCCUCAAGCAGCUCGGCCACCAUCACCGCCGCAGUCCCACGGCCGAGUUCCUGUCGGCCUCCAACUCGUCGCUCGACCACCAACAACACCCGCCCGCCCUCCGCCGCUCGUUUACCGACAAGGCCAACGACGACCUCAUUGGGUCGCCGUUUGACGCCCAGGGUCUCUGCCAAAACAUCAACGAGAUCCAGUCCUCGCCCACCAAACAUCAACAACAACAACAACGCCCCCCGCCGCCCCAGCAUUCGCGCACCGCGGAUGCCCGCCUGUUCACUCCGCGUCUGAGACAGUCUGCGAGCUUUGGCGCCCUCGGCAGGAAGAUGGAGACGAUAACCACGCCCUCGGCCGCCUCGGAUCGCGACAACAAACGCUUCUCGGGCGAGGUCAAGCCCUCCAAGCUCUCCCGCCCCGACACCCUGAAGAAGACCAAGACGGGCUUCACCAAUUUUGUCAGCGGCCUGGUCGGUUCGCCGCGUCGCCCGACCAUCUCGACGCCCACCAAUCCGCUCCACGUCACCCACGUGUCGAUUGACAAUGACACGGGCGAGUUCACGGGCCUGCCCCGCGAAUGGCAGCAGAUCCUCAAGGCCAACGGCAUCGACGAGCAGGAGCAGAAGAAGAACCCCGAGGUCCUCACCGACGUCGUCGCAUUCUACCAGGAAAACACGUCGAGUCGCUCCGACGACCACAUCUGGGACAAGAUCGGUCACGCUCAGCCUAGCAACUAUGUGACGACUCCAGGCCACUCGGCCGGCGGGGGAACGCCGCUGUUGAGCCCGCCCGUCAGCCCGCGUUUCCCUCGUAGCACUGAGGACUCGUUCGAGAACCCUCGGGCGCCGCCUCCGGUCCCUCGCGGCGGCGCCGGCGCCUCGCCCGUCACCUCGCCCUCGUCGAGCAGCAGCAACGGCAUGGUCCCACACCGUCCCGCGCCCCGCCCUCCGCAGGCGCAAUCCAACGUCGUACCGAUGCGCCCCGCCCCGCCCGCGCCUGGCGUCGAGCGCAUCCCCGAGGACCUCCCUGCCACCACCUACACUCCUCCUGCCACCGACGCAGCAGCAGGCCACCGCAGCCGCGCCAACACCAACGACGCCGCCGCCGGCCCCGCUCACCACGGCGCCCCGGCCACCGGCACCGUCCAGCAGUACCAGGACCAGCAGCAGCAGGCCAUGCUCGCCGCGCAGCAGUCCAUCGCUCGCCAGCAACAGCAGCAGCUGGAACGCUCGCGCAGCCAGCGCCACUACCAGCAACACCCGUAUCAGUCGGCGCAACCCCCGCAGCCGCAGUUUGCGCAUGCCGAUCCGCACAACGUCCCUAUGCCUCAGCAGCCGGCACGCGUUGGCCCUGCGCCGCCUGGUGGUCGGCCUCGCCAGCGCCCGCGCGAGAGCGCGCAGGGCAGCAACAUCAUCGAGCGCCUCAACGCGAUCUGCAAUCCUUCUGAUCCCACCAAGAUGUACCGCAAUUUCAACAAGAUCGGUCAGGGUGCUUCGGGCGGUGUCUUCACCGCUUACCAGAUGGGCACGAACCGCUGCGUCGCCAUCAAGCAGAUGAACCUCGACCAGCAGCCCAAGAAGGACCUGAUCAUCAACGAGAUUCUCGUCAUGCGCGAGUCGAAGCAUCGCAACAUUGUCAACUUUAUCGAUUCCUUCCUCGUCAAGGCCGACCUCUGGGUCGUCAUGGAGUACAUGGAGGGCGGUUCGCUGACCGACGUUGUGACGUUCAACAUCAUGAGCGAGGGCCAGAUUGCUGCCGUUUCGCGCGAGGUGCUGUGCGGUCUGCAGCACCUACACUCCAAGGGCGUCAUCCACCGUGACAUCAAGUCGGACAACAUUCUGCUCUCCAUGGAGGGUAACAUCAAGCUGACCGAUUUCGGUUUCUGCGCCCAGAUCAACGAGUCUGAGCGCAAGCGCACGACCAUGGUUGGCACGCCCUACUGGAUGGCCCCCGAGGUCGUCACCCGCAAGGAGUACGGCCGGAAGGUUGACAUCUGGUCAUUGGGCAUCAUGGCCAUCGAAAUGAUCGAGGGCGAGCCUCCGUACCUGAACGAGUCGCCUCUCCGCGCGCUUUGGCUCAUCGCGACCAAUGGCACGCCAACGAUCAAGGAAGAGCACAACUUGACGGCCAUCUUCAAGGACUUCCUUGGCUUCGCGCUCAAGGUCGACCCCGACAAGCGCGCGAGCGCCCAUGACCUGUUGACUCACCCGUUCAUCCAAACCGCUGAGCCGCUGGCCACUCUGGCGCCGCUUGUCAAGGCUGCACGUCAGGCGCGUGCCGAGGAGCGCAAGAAGAAAGGUGGUGCUUAG